AUGGCAGCGUCACCAACAGCGGACCACCCCGCGCCAGCCAUCGUGCAGUGGGUCGUCGACACGCGGAAGCUGUGGCCCGAGGCGACCCAGACGCGGCAGCUGGAGACGCACCCCGGCGCUUCUAGAGCCCUGGCCCUCCUCCCGCCCGCGGAGCGCGCGGGCGUGCUCAAGUACGUCUUCGCGCGCGACGCCCGCAUGUCACUGGUCUCGCACCUACUCAAGCACUACGCCGUGGCCCGCCUGGCCGGCGUGCCCUGGGGCGAGACGACGGUCGGGCCCGACGCGCGCUCCAAGCCCGUCCACGUUGACGCCGCCACGGGCCGCCAGCCCGUCGCCUUCAACGUCAGCCACCAGGCCGGCCUCGUGGCCCUGGCCGCCGUAGGUUGUUACCCCGACGGCAGCGGCGGUGGCGGCGGCGACGACCUAAAUGUCGAGGUGGGCGUCGAUGUUGUCUCGCCCAGCGAGCGCCGGGCCCGCGACCACGACGCCGUCGCGUCCGACGGCUGGCCGGCCUUUGUCGACAUGCACGCCGACGUCUUUAGCCCGGCCGAGGCCGCCCACCUCAAGUACGCCGUCCUGUCGUCGCCGUCGUCAGGCAGCAACGGUGCCAGACGCGAGGACAUGGGCAACACGCCCGAGGCGCUGCUCGACUACAAGCUGCGCUGCUUCUACGCGCUGUGGUGCCUGCGCGAGGCCUACGUCAAGAUGACGGGCGACGCCCUCGUCGCCCCGUGGCUGCGCGAGCUCGAGUUCAGGGCCGUCGCACCCCCACGCCCCGCGGGCGCCGCCGCCGAGAGCGCCGUGCUGACGGAGCAUAGCAUCUGGCUCCGCGGCGAGAGGGUCGAGGACGCAAACGUCUGCCUGAGGUCGUUUGACGGCGGCGGUGCCGACAGCUACAUGAUCUGCACGGCCGUCCGGACGCCCGGGAGGGUGCAGGACGGGCUGGCCAUGAACCUGCGCGCGCCGUUUGUUGACGUGACGGUGGAUGAGAUUGUAGAAUUUGCCGAGGCGCGGGCAUCUUUCUUCUGA